GGUCACUUCGUGAUUCCGUAGCUGAUGAAAAUAAACAGACAUCACUUUGCUUCUUCCUGAAAAGAAUGUGAGCCCGCGCACUGAAUUGAGUGUCAUCUUGUCUGCCAGUCAGCUAUCCAUGGUCCACACACAACUCUGCCUACGUACUUCCUUUGGUUAACCUGUUUCAAUGCAUCAGUCUGGUGAACAGAGACUUGCAGGUUUGUGUCAAGUUACCGAACACCUUUUCCUCAGCAACGGCAGAGCUGCAAAUGAUAAGGCUGUCAUAUCUCGUUUCAACAUCACCUGCAUCAUCAAUGCCACACAAAACAUCACAAACACUUCCACUGCAGAGGUGGAAUAUGUCCAUAUACCUGUUACAGACUCUCCAUCUUCUCCUCUGAGCGACUUCUUUGACGAGGUAGCAGAUAAAAUCCAGCUCGUUGGGGAGCAGUGUGGACACACAUUGGUUCACUGCAAUGCAGGUGUGAGUCGCUCAGCUACGUUAUGCUUGGUGUAUCUAAUGAAGUACCAUGGAAUUACACUUUUGGAGGCCCACAAAAAGGUCAAAUCUUGUCGACCUAUUAUUAGACCAAACAGUGGAUUCUGGAAGCAACUCAUCCAGUAUGAACGCAAGCUCCGUGGUUGUGCCACGGUCACAAUGAUCACGUCCCCCAUGGGUGAAAUACCUGACAUUUAUGAAGAGGAGACCAAAGAUAUGCUUCCUCUUUGACAUGCACUGUUUGUUAAAAUGAUUGUCAACCCCAUUGUAAAAAUGCAUUAAUACUCUUGUUUUAUAUCCAGUAUGUUGAGUUGGAAGUGGUCCUCUCAAAUGUAUUUGUAAACUUUGAUUCAGAAAUAAAAAUUAGUUGUACAAUGUCA